AUGAAAAGCUGGAAGGAGGCGGAGAGACAAAACGAUCUUAAUCACAGGUGCGCCUCUGGCUUAGGGCUGGAAACAGCACGUGCGCUAUGUGGAACGCAGGCAACCUUGUAUCUUAUUGGUCGCGAUGUCGAAGAGCUAAGGACUCUGGGUGAUAUCCUCCAGCUUGGUCUUGUCCAUAUUCUCGAACUCGAUCUUUCAUCUCUGGAGAGCGCCCACGCUUGUCUUGCAGAGUUGCUCAUCAAAUCCGCGUUCGUCCCUCAACAUUCUUAUUGGGAACGCAGGAGUCAUGAUCCCUUGAAGGCCGCACAGCAAAUUAGUUUGAAGAGCAGUUUGGCACCAAUAACCUUGGUCGUGUACUUCUAUUCCAUAUCUUCAGGCCGACCCUAUUAG